CUGGCACAGCUUCUGGGAGUGAGCAUCCCCUGUCCGGGAUACCCAGUUCCACGGCAUCUCCUGCCCGUCCUGGCCUUACACGGACCUGCCAGUCCCCGGAAACAAAAACAGAGCCCACAGUUCACCCUCUCCUGCAGCCAGAGAAUGACUCGAGAGGGCUGAACCGAGAGAGUAUGGUCUUCAGCGCCUGGAAGACUAAGAUCAUUGGAGGCCAGAUGUUUCUGCUUAAACUUCACUCCACAUGUCAGUGAAGUGUGCGGCCAGAGGAAACAAGCAUUGCACCAGGAGAUGCUAUGUUCUUGGCUUCUCUUGAUGACGAUUCCUGAUUUGUGGCCCUUGCAGUCUUGGGAAGACACCAUUCAAUUUCUCCAACUCGGGCUCCCUGAGGUUCCCUUUCCUCUGUGUCACCUCCAGCUAACCAAGACACACUGACUGAAUCAUCGCUAGGACACUAAAUUCAGCAAGAAAUGGUGGUGACUACUGGCUCUAAAUCUUCCUGAUUGAGGGAAUCUUUUGUGCAACAAAAAGCACUCAAAGGAGUGAAUGAAAUGUGCAGCGUGGGGUGUCAUUUCUGAAGGGAGGAGUCAUUCCCUUGGAGAGGAGUUCUCAAUGAGCCUGGCCAAGGCCCGGGACCUGUGUGAAGUGGACUAAGAUUUAGUAGGAUGUCAACUGAGACAGAACUUCAAGUAGCUGUGAAAACCAGCACCAAGAAAGACUCCAGAAAGAAAGGCCAGGAUCGCAGUGAAGCCACUUUGAUAAAGAGGUUUAAAGGAGAAGGGGUCCGGUACAAGGCCAAACUGAUCGGGAUUGAUGAGGUCUCUGCAGCUCGGGGAGACAAGUUAUGUCAGGAUUCCAUGAUGAAACUCAAGGGCGUUGUUGCUGGCGCUCGUUCCAAAGGAGAACACAAACAGAAAAUCUUUUUAACCAUCUCCUUUGGAGGAAUCAAAAUCUUUGAUGAGAAGACAGGGGCCCUUCAGCAUCAUCAUGCUGUUCAUGAAAUUUCCUACAUCGCAAAGGACAUCACAGAUCACAGAGCCUUUGGAUACGUGUGUGGGAAAGAGGGGAAUCACAGAUUUGUGGCCAUAAAAACAGCCCAGGCGGCUGAACCUGUUAUUCUGGAUUUGAGAGAUCUCUUUCAACUUAUUUAUGAAUUGAAGCAGAGGGAAGAAUUGGAAAAAAAGGCACAAAAGGAUAAGCAGUGUGAACAAGCUGUGUAUCAGACAAUUCUGGAAGAGGAUGUUGAAGAUCCUGUAUACCAGUACAUUGUGUUUGAGGCUGGACAUGAGCCCAUCCGUGAUCCUGAGACAGAAGAAAACAUUUAUCAGGUUCCAACCAGCCAAAAGAAGGAAGGUGUUUAUGAUGUGCCAAAAAGUCAACCUGUAAGUAACGGCCAUCCAUUUGAGGACUUUGAAGAACGUUUUGCGGCAGCCACCCCGAACAGAAAUCUGCCGUUGGACUUUGAUGAGAUUUUUGAGGCAACAAAGGCUGUGACCCAAUUAGAACUUUUUGGUGACAUGUCCACCCCUCCUGAUAUAACCUCUCCCCCCACCCCUGCUACUCCAGGUGAUGCCUUUAUCCCGUCUUCAUCUCAGACACUUCCGGCGAGUGCAGACAUGUUUAGUUCUGUGCCUUUUGGCACUACUGCUGUACCCUCAGGUUAUGUUGCAAUGGGCGCCGUUCUCCCAUCCUUCUGGGGCCAGCAGCCCCUUGUCCAACAGCAGCUCGCCCUGGGUGCUCAGCCACCAGUCGCUCAGGUGAUGCCGGGGGCUCAACCCAUCGCAUGGGGCCAGCCGGGUCUCUUUCCUGCCACUCAGCAGCCCUGGCCAACUGUGGCUGGGCAGUUUUCUCCAGCCGCCUUCAUGUCCACACAAACUGUUAUGCCUUUGCCAGCCGCCAUGUUCCAAGGUCCCCUCACCCCCCUUGCAACUAUCCCAGCUACAUGUGACUCCACCAGGUCAAGUCCACAGACCGACAAGUCCAGGCAGAAAAUGGGGAAAGAAAUGUUUAAGGAUUUCCAGAUGGCCCAGCCUCCACCUGUGCCCUCUCGUAAACCCGACCAACCUUCCCUCACCUGUACCUCAGAGGCCUUCUCCAGUUACUUCAGCAAAGUUGGAGUGGCACAGGAUACAGACGACUGUGAUGACUUUGACAUCUCCCAGUUGAAUUUGACCCCUGUGACUUCUACCACACCAUCUACCAACUCACCUCCAACCCCAGCCCCUAGGCAGAGCUCUCCUUCCAAAUCAUCUGCAUCCCAUGCCAGUGAUCCUACCACAGAUGACAUCUUCGAAGAGGGCUUCGAAAGUCCCAGCAAAAGUGAAGAGCAAGAAGCUCCUGAUGGAUCACAGGCCUCAUCCAACAGUGAUCCAUUUGGUGAGCCCAGUGGGGAGCCCAGUGGUGAUAAUAUAAGUCCGCAGGCCAGUAGCUAGAUAGCACAGGUCUGGGAGCUGGAGCCUCUCUAUGUGCAGAUCAACAGACCUAAGAAAUAGCAUCAAAGUGGGCUCAUGGCGGGUGCUUCAAGACUGGCGUGGAAAUCAGCAUCACAAGAGGCUCUCUUGUAUUUUUCACUUCACCUCAUCCCAUGAAGAAAUUCAUGAUUGCCCAGUGGAACUCAUUUGGAAGAGGGAACUUACUUUUUGGCAACCAAUGUCAGAUAACUAUGACAGCACAAAAACCACAAAAGUAUAAAAAAUCAUACCCAACAGUAAAUCACAAAUCAAGUCAAUGCUCACAUGACAAGUAUCCUGAGCUCUCUUAAAGUGGAUUUAAGUUGACCCAGUAUGUGAAAUCAUAAUUCUUUUUAUAUUUCUCUACCUGUUUGACCACUGUGGAGACAUCAAAUUUGGAGUAAUGAAUGGGCUUCAGAGAUUAACAAGAUCGGCACUGACUUCUCUUGGGCAAAAGUGAGAGGUCUCCUAUGACCACAAUAUCAUCACUUAUAUGCCUUUUGACAUAUGGUGUAAUGUUUUUUUUCCAUCUUCUCAUGGGCCUGAUGUGCCAUAUCCUUCUCUCCCCCCCCCCCAUCCUCUCUUUGUCUUGUUUGAAAAUUAAUGGGUGUACAAAUUUUUGUAUUGCUUUUGAUUUUUUUUAAUAUGAGGUGAAGAGAUAUAACUGGGAAAAAAAUGUCUCAUAUGAAGUGAAUUAAUUUGAGAUUUCAAGACGAAUAAGUGGUUGAUUAUUCUUUAUAAUCAAGAAUGUUGCCAAAACAACCCUUUAGCAGUUCUGCAUCCUGAUGAGGAAAGACAGUGUUAGGUUUGGACCUUCAGUCUGUGAGUAGGAAAGGACAUCAAAUCCCCUUGAUGAGAAAGAUAAAACGUGCAUCUGAUUUCCUAAGAAGCUCUAAACUCUUAAGUACAAUAAAAUGAUAUUUUUUAUUUUUCUGAUAUCUUGCUGCCGUGAUGCUAUGCAGACAAGUGUCUUCUUCACGUGCCGUUUUCACACAAAAGUCAUUUGCCAAAUAAUUCUGGUACAAUCCCAGUAAUGUGGUUUUGGAUCUUAAAAAAAAAAAAAACUGACUUUCUAAUGGAACAGAGGUGACAUGAAUAUUCAGAAUGACAAACUGAUUCUGUAGUCACAGUGGUUCAUCUCUAUCUCUUUUUGUACAUCAGAAAAUUCAAAUGGGAUUUUUAUUUUAUAACUUGAAGAAAAAAAAAAAAAGACCUUACCAUUAAACUCUUGAAAUAUUUAAGGGAAAUGGCUUUAAGGAGUUCUAAUGAAAAAAAGAAUGCCAGUUUUUUUGUAAAUAUAAAUGUUAAUGAAAAUGCUUUUUAAUAAUGCCAUUACACUGUAGAGAAGGUACCAGACUGAGUGCAAGAUGUGACACAUUUGACGGAUGGGACUCACGCUCCAGAUGUUGUUCUAGAGCAUAUGUUAGGAAACCGGGGUUCAGGGACAGCUGGCAGGAGCACUUGGCCAAUCAGCAGCUAGUGAACAGGAAGAGAGCAUGAGACUCCAUCACCUACUCUUUCUACAGGAGUACCUGCCCUCUGCAUAAACAAGAAGAACACAGUUCACAGGUGGAGGGCCUCUCCUUCAGAUUCUGAAAACUUCUCCCAUCUCAACAUGCCCACCUACCCCCUCCCUAGAGAUCACUGGACUGUUUGAAACAGAAGAGUUUAAGCUUCCUUUUUUUACAUUUAUGAGACAAAAAGUGCAGUGUUCAGUUCGUAUGUUUAGCACAUGAUUUUCAUAAAGAAUCUCUAUAUUUUUUGCCCUACAAAGAAUUGUUCUACAGAUUCAAUGUGUUUUCCUGAUGUUCCUAUGCAGUUAUAGUAUGCUGAAUUUAGUUGUUUAAAACUAAGAAGAAAACUUCAAGGAAUCACAUGAUUAAUUGGACUUGAGGUUAUUAUCAUUGGUUUCAAAAGUCGAAAUGUUGAAUAUACAUUGAUAUGAUUGACUUGAAUAGGCCUGUGUACUUUAGUUCUUUAUCUGAAUAGAAAUUAAAAUGAUUUGGGAAAAGGUAUACUUGGUCUCAAGGAUAAAAAAUGAUGAAGUCAAGGAGAUUGUUACUAUUUGAAGUCCAGUUUUACACUAUCAAAUCCCUGGAAUUUAAAUUUUUCAUAGUUAGAUAAAUGAACCAGAUGUCCAUUACAGAAUAUAUGUAAAUGUCAUCUUGAUAUCUCUGGCCUAAAGAACCAUAAAAAUGAAAAAGGCCACUUGUCUCCCUCUGUAGCUACCACCUCUUGAUCCACAUGAUUUCUUCAGGAAUACGCACACAUUUUAUGAUUAGGUAAUCCUUUCACAGGAAGGGGAAGACAGAAAAGGUGUGGUAACUGUAAUGUUGUCUUGAAACCAGUUCAGUUUGUUUCCUGGGGAUUUGAUAAGAUCGGCAGUUCCCAUGAGGGAAAUGGUUACAAUUGCUAUAUUGUCUGUGAUUCUGAUUCUAAACAAGUGGUGCUAUCUUCUCCCUCAAUAUGGCUGUCUUGAGUUUGUCUUGCAGUAUCACACCAUUGUACUGAUGCUUUGGGUUGCUUCUGACACGUUCAAAGUGAACUCUGGCUGACAUAGCUGUUUCAGGAAUGCCAUUUGGAGUUAAUUGCGUUGCAGAAAGUGGGAACCCAAUGGACAUGCUAUCUUUCAUUGACUAUGAUGGGAAUUAAAACUGUCUAUGAACUUCAAGAAGAUGCCCAUGUGAGACAUUAAAGUCGAGAUUUUUAACUGCCACCCACAUGGUCAUUGGCAGAAUUGUGAUUUUAACGAGCCCUGUUUGGUGAACCCAGAACCACCAUACCCUCUUUCAGGAAUAUGUAAACUUUCCAAUUAAAAGCAGAGAUGCCAAUUUCAAAAGGCCCUGGGAAGUCUGUGCAGUUCUGGUUAGAUGGAUAGAAAAACCAUGUGUACAACUGUUAGUUCUUCAUCCUUCACUAGCACUAAAUUUGUCACUUUAAAUUUUGAAACCAGGGAAAUGUCACCUUCAUUCUGUUCCCAUACCCCCAUAGCUCUGUAAUCUUUACAUGCCACAAGACUUUUUUGAUAAUUUGUACUCCAUUUCAGUGUCUACUGAAACCCCAUCAUGUAAUGUACUGGGCACCUUCUUUUAAGAAAAAAAAAAUGUUUACUCUGUGGGUUUGAUUCAUUUCAAUUUCUGCGUUCUGACACAUAUUUUUUUAAUAAAGAUGAGAAAGAGAAAAAUGACUGUUGCAGUACAUUUCUAGACCUACUUUAACUUUACCUCAGAUAACAGUUUGUUAACAUAUAUGGACACAUUAUUUUUAACUUUAUGUACGGCACAUUCAACAAAACCGAAAUUUUUAGAAAUUUUCCAUUAACUUCUGUAACACGCCAUGUAAAACUGUUACAAAUAAACAUGUUUGAAAACAA